UCACUUCCAGUUCAAUAUAUAGAUGUAAUAUAAAUGACUCCUAUGGGCCUGUUCGUUUUAGUGACUCAAAACCAUGCUGGACAAUAAAGUGACUUUACCCACUUAAAAAUCGGAUUUUGUUGAACCCCUCAAAGGGCUCACAUAGUUUUAUUUCUCGGUUAAUGCGAAUACACCAAAAUGAGUGAAUCUGAAUCUGAAAUGAGUUACAGUUCAUAAACUACCGACUGCUUCUUUAACAAUUUUUAAAAAAAUUUUAAUAAACCCCAAACCCAUCCAGAAAUAUCCGAUCUGAGGGGUUUGCUGUAGUUCCGCUCCGGAACACAAGGGGGAGGAUUACAAUGGAAGUGAACGGUGACGGCUGCAGGCGGGAAGCAUAUAGGUAGUCAUAUUUCGGCUUUUAUUGCACCAUGUGUAUCCAUAUCGUGUAAAAAAUACGCGCGGGUUUGUUGCGCGUUCCUUGAAGUGACCGCUCGCCACGUUUUCAACUCUCCCGCGUCCGUCUACGCAGGCUUUGAAGAGAAUGGAAGAUGAAAAGAAUCGCACGGGUCCUCUCAUGAUCGCGUUGCAGUAUAACGACCUGUUUGACUUGGACUCGAUCUCGGCGUCCAGAGACACAGACGCGCUUCCCAAAGGCAGAGCGUUCGCUUUCGUUAAGGCCGUGCAAGCAGUGAAUGAGAGGCUCGUGGAGAGGAGCCGGACCGAGAGCUUGCUUUUUGAAGUGGUCCUCAUCGCGAAGGAGUGUUCUGAGGAAAUCAAAAUGAAGAUAGUUGAGAGCGCGAAGCAUCAUGGUCUAGAAAUUGGCAAAUUCUUCUUUUGCAAAAAGGAAGAACUCAUGAACACUCUUCGGACAAACAAAGUUAAGCUGUUCCUCUCUGCAGAAGGGGAGGACGUCUGUGAAGCUCUGCAGUCAGGAAUUCCAGCCGCUUCGCUGUAUGACGGGGCUGAUGAUGAUCACGUCCUCGGUCGGCUAAAGGUCAUUUUUUCAGGUGAUGUUAUCGGUUUCUCAGAGGAUUCACUUGAUAGCCUUUCGGAUUUUGGAUUCAGCGAAACCCAAAUAAAGACCUUCAAAGCAGCAAAGAUCUGCAUGAAGGAGUUUGCCGUCCUGAUUGGUCAGAUGAGGAGGAGGUUUGGGCAAGAGAACAGCCCUCUCUGUACCUGUGUCUUAACCUCGUGGGGCUCUAGAAAUGUCUGUGCAUCCGCCCUGAAAACUCUUCGGGAAUGGGGUGUGGAUGUGGACGAGGCGUUCUGUCUGGCUGGAGCUCCUUGCGGUCCCAUACUGGCUGUAGUUAAACCCCACGUACUGUGGGACGGUGGCCUUAACAACAUGAGGGACUUGUCUGCCCAGAGAGCUUUGAGUUUGGCUCCAGCUGAGGGACAGGGACGAUUUACUGACUGUAUGGGGCACUGCGCUGGAAAAGUAAAGCACUGCAGCAGCCAAAGACCACAGCAUCAAGACAGAGCUCCUCUCUGAAUGAAAUACUACACCCGUCCUAGGCUAAUAAAAUCUGCAAGCGCACAAAAUUAUGCAUUACUCAUAAAAAACGAUGUGCAGUGCUCAAAGGACAACUCUCUUUGGAACUAAAAACCAGGUUGUUAAAACAUAAAGCUUAACAAGUUUUUUUUUUCCAGUAGAAGUCUUUAGUUCAACAUCCUUCAUAAUUAAUAUAUAUAUAUUAGUAAAACUGUCCUGGAUAUCUCCUGGUAAUAAACUGAAACUGCAUUAAUUUAUAGCAGCUGUUUUUAUCAUUAUAUAUUUUAUCAGAACCGUUCUACCAUUUGUUCAACAGUGACCCAAUUAUUUGUGUGCAUGAUAUAAUAAGACAUUGCACUAAACAAUUAAGCCAUUAUUUCUAAGAACUGCAAAAAAAAAAAAAAAAAAAAAAUUCAAUAGCUUUUUUUCAACCCUGUAAGAGGGAGUACACUGAAUCUCUGGUUUAGUGCGGAGACAUAUGGUGCGGUGGGACCCCUAUCAGAGCUCUUCUGUCUGAGCCAAAAUGGAAAAACGAGAGCUUAUUACAAAAAACCCAAAUAGCUACUGCAGUCAGUGUGGAGUUUCUGCCAAAUUUAAAUUAUUUGAUUUAUACAUGGUUUGGAACCGUUCAGAAACCAGGCUGCCAAUACAAGGACAUUCGGAUCAAAUUUUAAAUUGGCCCAUAAAUUUGUGCAAAAAAAAUUUCCCCACUUGAAAUUGUCGCUCACUUCAUCUCUGUUUAGGUGAGCGACUCCAAGUAAACGUUAAAAAUGUGAUGUUGCACGGUGCGUAUAAUUUUUCCCUCCAUUUUGCCCUUCUGUAAGCAGAUAAGUGUUUUGUCCUUCAUUUUUACUACCCUUUAGCGUCUAUGACAACAGAUGGAGUCCUGUAGCCAAUAGUCAGAUGCAUAGUCGGGCCAUUUUAUGUGUCCUUUUCUGACUAACGCAAAAGUGGCCUGCAGCCGGCUCCGUUCUGACAUUUUUCCAAGAGCGAUCACUGAAGCAAGGAAGCCCAGUUAACGGAUGACUUCACGUCUGCUGCAUAUACGUUUGACUGAAUUAACCAAAAACGCAAGGGAACCAAGGUUGCCGGAUCAGACUUAGUACAAGACGUAAUAUCAAAGAGCAUGCAAUUUAAAGUUUGACCUUCUAACAAUCAGAUCACAAGUCCAUAGCAUUUGUUGUCUUACUCAAGAGUACAAUAAGAUGCCAAGAACCUGAAACGCGGUGACUGGUGAGACUAAAAGAUCCACGGAAGCUCAAUUUCACUUCAAAAUGGUGGCAAAGUGACACAUUAUAAUUAUUUGUAACACAACCAUGAGCCUGCAGUCUUUGUGAAAGCGCGAAGUACUGGAUCUACAUUGGCCAUUUGAAGUGUUUUGUUCAGGCCAGCGGUCUUAAUCAGGAAGAGACUGUGUUGAAUCUGAUUGCCGCCCCACCAUGAGCACUCCAUUCAAUCAUCUGCGCUGAGCACAAGUGACCACUUAGUCUAAAACGAGCACCGCAGAACUGAAUCAAGCCCCAUUUGUGGAAGUCGCAAUGAAGCAUUGGGAAACCGACUGUCCAUUUGCUAGAGCCAUCUCUGACUUCAUGAUGACGUCGUUCCGCAUGAAAACUACGGGCCAGAUUUACUAAAUCCUGUUUUGGCAUUAAAAAAACUAUUACUUGGAAUUACUAAAGACAAGCAGUGACACAUUAGCGAUGAAAAGCACGGACGGAGUUGUUUUUGCGGAUGAUCUUAUUACAUAUGCAUAGCAGCUUCCAUUUCAGACACGAAAUAAAUCACGCAAGGUGAUUUACUAAAGUUUGUCGAUUUACUGGUUAUUUACAGCAAAAUAUUUAACGUCUCCAAAAAGCGUGUCUUAAUUAGUUUUGUGCUUGAGUCAGUAGAUUAUUUUUACCGGCUCUGUUUGUUGGCGGCUCUACGCUAAUUUGCGCUGCUCUUGGUAGAUUACAUUGUUCAUUAUGGAAAUACACUGGCUGUGUCUGAGUUCUUUCAAAAACAGAGCGAAUGUCUCUUCUCAGGAGGACCUGAUGUCUAUAAACCACUCAUUUCUAUAUCUUUCAUCUAUAUUCUAUUAGUCUUCAGACCGUUAGUGUGACGUGAUGGAAACUCUUGCACUGUGAAAUGUGACUUUGGCUGUUGUUUGCAGACAGAAAGCUAGAAAAAGGUAUUAAUUCCACCAGUGUUGAUUUUGUCUGUCUUAUAAGGCUAACCAUUUCAAUGAACUCAACUGAGCUGAGUAAUAUCCUCUUACCAUUACUCAUACUUCUGAUUUAGGCAUCUGAAUAUUCCCCCGGGAAUCGACGAAGUAAGGUACCCAAUGUUUUCCCGCCAAUUCCACUGUACUCGCUUGUCCAACUUUAUGCGUAAAUAUAAACAACAUAUUUCAUUUCAACCUGCUUAUUAAAAACAUUUGGCAAACACAUCUUCCUUAUGCUUUGUCCGUGACCAAGAGAAUCAUUUGCGGUGAUUGCUAAG